GCGGCGCUGAGGAGAUGGCACCACACGUGCGGUAACUGCGCCCACGCCCCGAGGGUCCCAGCCCUGCGCCCCGCAUCCCUGAGAAGGCAUGGAGCGCCCAGAGCCCGAGCUGAUCCGGCAGAGCUGGCGGGCGGUGAGCCGCAGCCCGCUGGAGCAUGGCACCGUCCUGUUCGCCAGGUUGUUUGCCCUGGAGCCCGGCCUGCUGCCUCUCUUCCAGUACGAGGGCCACCAGUUCUCUAGCCCCGAGGACUGCCUCUCCUCCCCGGAGUUCCUGGACCACAUCAGGAAGGUGAUGCUGGUGAUCGACGCUGCGGUGACCAAUGUGGAGGACCUGUCCUCACUGGAGGAGUACCUCGCUGGCUUGGGCAGGAAACAUCGGGCAGUAGGCGUGAAGCUCACCUCGUUCUCGACGGUGGGUGAAUCCCUGCUGUACAUGUUGGAGAGGUGCCUGGGCCCCGCCUUCACGCCAGCCACACGGGCCGCCUGGAGCCAGCUCUAUGGGGCUGUGGUGCAGGCCAUGAGUCGAGGCUGGGACGGCGAGUAAGAGGCGACACAAACCCUGCGGCCUCCAGCUGUCUGUGUCUGUCUGUUGGUCUGUGUCUGUUGU